CACGCCGUCAGACACAACAGACGGCUUGUUGGAAUUGGACCCCUCAGCGGAAUUGCGUGCCCACCACCAUCAUCGGAACAAAAUCGGCGGCGGUCAGGAAAAAAACACCAUGACUCAACCGCGAUACCAUCACCACCACAUUGACGCGACCCAAGGCUCGACGGCCGCCCCGGCCGACUAGAAACCGCUAACGCCGGCCCCAGCACUAACCUUCCGCCCAUGUCGCUGACCAACGCAACUGCCGCCGAGGCGGCCCGCGAGGCCAAGGCGGCGUCGCACGUACUGGCCACGCUCCCCGCCGAAGCCCGCAACGACGCCCUGACGGCCAUGCACGACGCCCUGGCCGCGGCGCGCGGCGACAUCCUGGCCGCCAACGCCCGCGACAUGGCCCAGGCCCGCCGCGCCGCCGCCGACGGCAGCCUGAGCCCCAGCCUGGUGUCGCGCCUCGACCUGGGCCGGCCCGGCAAGUGGGAGGAUAUGCUCAAGGGCGUGCUCGACGUGCGCGGGCUCGACGACCCCGUCGGCCGCGUCUCGCUGCGCACCCGCCUCGACGACGGCCUCGAGCUCGAGCGCGUCUCGUGCCCCAUCGGCCUGCUGCUCGUCAUCUUCGAGGCCCGCCCCGAGGUCAUCGCCAACAUCGCCGCCCUGGCCGUCAAGUCGGGCAACGCCGUCAUCCUCAAGGGCGGCCGCGAGUCCACCGAGUCCUUUGUCGCCAUCGCCUCCGUCAUCUCGGCCGCCCUCGCGUCGUCCCGCGUCCCCAACGCCGCCGUCCAGCUCGUCACAACCCGCGACGCCGUCUCGGACCUGCUCGCCCUCGACCGCCUGAUCGAUCUCGUCAUCCCCCGCGGCGGCAACGAGCUCGUCCGCCACGUCAAGGCCAACACCCGCAUCCCCGUCCUCGGCCACGCCGACGGCCUCUGCUCCGUCUACCUCGCCCCGGACGCUGACCCGGCCCUGGCCGCCGACGUGGUCGCCGACAGCAAGGCCAACUACCCCGCCGCCUGCAACAGCGCCGAGACCCUGCUCGUCGCCCGCGGCGCCCUGACCUCUGUCUUCCCUGCCGUCGCCGCCGCCCUGGCCGCCCGCGGCGUCACCCUGCGCUGCGACCCCGAGUCCAAGGCCGCCCUGCCCUCCCCCGACCCGGCCGCCCCCGCCCCCGCCGUGGUCGACGCCACCGACGCCGACUUCGACACAGAGUUCCUCUCGCUCGACCUGGCCGUGCGUGUCGUCGCCGGCCUGGACGAGGCCGUCGCCCACAUCAACGAGCACGGCAGCCACCACACCGACGCCAUCGUCACGGCCGACGCCGCCGCCGCCGAGCGCUUCAUGGCCGGCGUCGACUCGGCCGGCGUCUACUGGAACGCCUCGACCCGCUUCGCCGACGGCAUGCGCUACGGCUUCGGCACCGAGGUCGGCAUCAGCACCAACAAGAUCCACUCGCGCGGCCCCGUCGGCCUCGAGGGCCUCAUGAUCUACAAGUACAAGAUCCGCGGCGCCGGCCACGUCGCCGCGUCGUACGGCGAGGGCGAGGGCAAGCGGCGCUUCAAGCACGAGCCCCUUCCUCUGUAGAGACUACAAAAGACGACAAUGUCUGUCUGUCUGUUGGCAUGAACAUAGCUAGUCGAAAACGUAUCCUUCUGCACAGCGGUGUGAUAUCAUUGGCGUUACGGUUGAGAUCAAGGUGGGGAAAUGGCAUUAGUGCAUGAUCUAGAUAGAGAAAAAGGCCUCUGUUUACCAUUUAUAAUACCAACACCUUCUGGGAUACAAACGACCCCGGACGCAAAAGCCCGAAGAAAAAGAAAAGAAUUAUAUGUACAUACCGUGUGAAAACGUACAUUAGAACCAAGACACGCGGACUAAUAACAACAAACAAUGGGUAAUACUUGAUUAUUUCGGCUGAACCUUGACAUCUAGGUAGUCCUCCGUCUUGCACAACAGCACUGAAUCCAUCUACAACACAUCGC